AUUACGCUAGGCAUGAACGAUGAUACCAUCCAGAAGCUCGAAGAAACGGCAGCUCGCGUGAAGAAAUUCAGACCUGGUCACCCAGCACUCCAGAUUCUAUCCGGCCGUGCGCCGACGUUUGCUUCUGCUCUGGAUCAGCGGUUCUCGUUCACUGUAUACACUCCGUCGUCUCAUGACUUUCAUGGUCCCGAACUGCCCCUCGUCGUCGCUGUGCAUGGGACGGCGCGCAAGGCAGGGGAGCUAAUAGACUGGAUGGCGUCAUUCGCAGAAGAGCACCGCUGCGUCGUACUCGCGCCACUGUUUCCAUGUGGGAUCAUUGACUUUGCAGAUGUCCACAAUUACAAGGAGAUUCUCUAUCGAUCCAUCCGCUUUGAUCAUAUCUUGCUUUCCAUGGUGGAUCAAGCCGCCUAUAUUUGGCGUAUCCGCACAGACAAGUUCUUCAUGCAUGGUUUCAGCGGCGGUGGCCAGUUCUGCCAUCGUUUCUUCUACCUGCAUCCUCACAGACUCCUCGGACUAUCCAUCGGCGCUCCGGGUCGCAUUACAGUCCCGAAUACUCAGCAUGCGUGGCCGCUAGGCGUCUCCAAUAUCCAAGAAGUCUUUGAGAUGGAUUACGGCCCGGACUUCCGCCAGAUGAGUGAAGUACCUGUCCACUUCGUUGUCGGAGAAAAGGACACGAGCACGAAGAUGAUUGAGUCGAAGAACGAGUUCGAGGAGGGUAGCACCAGAUUGGAGCGCAUACAGAUCCUUCGCGACUCCUGGACCCGUAUCGGAGUACGAUCGACUCUGUCCAUCGUACCGGGAGUGAAGCACGAAGGCAAGAAAUGUCUUCCGGCGGUUCUCAGCUUUCUGGCGCCGUUGUUGGACGCGGUAGAGCGGGCCGCCUGAGUCCUUCGAUGGUCACCCGGAGGGGUGCCCUUCUCUCAUAUCCUCGAAUAGCACCGAUAUGUUGCACGGCUCUACGUUGCGUCGGACCAGGGCAUGCGUACAUUUCAUAUGAUGAACCCCACGUUCGCAAGUUGGUGAAGGAGCUCAGAGGAUACCCUGAUGAUGCGCGAUUUCCUCGACGUUCAUCAGGAAAAACCGGAUUUGCUAAAAACCUUCUAAAACGUGCUAAAACGUGCUAAUUUAGUAGCUUUAGAGGGUUUCGGUACCCAAUAAGCGACUCUUUCGAUAGUCCGAUUUUUCCUGAUGUUCAUGUAGCGACGUGGUACUGGUAUUGAGUCCGCUUCCAG